UUCCCACAACAAUAUUAUAACAAAUUAUUGCAGUGGAUAAUACUGCCACUUUGAGUUAUCAUAAAGAUCUUGUGAUGCUAACAUAAAUAUUUAGUGAAGAAAAUAAUAUAUUUAUCUUUUUCUUGAAACUAAAUAUUAUAAUAUGUGGCAUCACACUUUCAUCAGAUAUUAUACCCAAAAGCGUAUUCCGCUUAUUAAAUUUCGUAAGGGUUCGUCUGGUACAGCAGCUACUGCUGCACCAAAUACUGCCGUUGCAGGAGCUGCAGGAGCAGCUCCUGCAGGACCACCUGCUGCAGGAGGAGCUCCUCAAAAUGCUCCUGCCGCAUCAUCAAAUGCCAUAGAAGACUAUGAUCUUCCUGAACGUUAUAAGCGCAAACCAUUGACCGACUAUGAGAUUGAGUACAUAAAUCAAGGAGGUCCACCAUAAGAACUCAAUAUGUUAAUUGUAGCAGUAUAACUAUUUUAAUACCAAAUUAUUAAACGAAAUUUUUUAAUAUUAUGGGAGCACAAAUGGAAUGAAAAUAGAUUAAGUUUGGUAACAAAAAGUUCUCAUUUAGUUUCAAAGUAUAUUUCUUCAAUAAAUUAAUAAAAAAGGUUAACGUUAUUAAA